GUACGAGUAGCACGACUUGAAUGGCCAGCAGGAAGUCCACAAAAUUGCGUAUACCGCAUUCUCAAGAGGAUUGCGAACUGGUCGGGAUUUUGGAACAACUGGCACCUAAAGAGUCCACGCAGGGCAGAAAGAUCGCCCUGAUUCUCCAUGGGGCUAUGGGGCAUAAAGACUACUUGUUCCAAAAGCGUCUUGCGCUACGCUUCCCGAUGGACUCAUUCAGAUUUGAUUUUCGCGGAUAUCACGAAAGUGGGGGCCAACGAACACAGGGUGGACUCAUGAAAGAUGCCGAGGAUCUCGUGACGGUCGUUUCUUACCUCCGCAAUACGUAUGGGUACGAGAUUGAUUUAGUGGUGGGCCAUUCUCGUGGUUCUGUGGUCGGGAUGUAUUGGCUAUGCACGUCCGAAGAAGGCCAACGUGUUUGUGCAAUGGUCAAUGUGUCAGGCCGUUACCGAAUGCAUCGAGUUUACGAUGUUGCCGAGGCCUACAAAGAGGAGUGGGAUGCCAAAGGCUACUACGAGCGGACCGUAACAGUCGCUCGACAAACAAUUGUGGAAAGGAUCUAUCCACACAAUAUAGAGGAGAUCUCUGAGUGGAAUACUGCAAUCGUUUGGGACAAAUUUCCUGAUCAAAUCCAUGUUCUGACAAUGCAUGGUCUCGUCGAUAAGGCAGUUCCUGCAUAUGACGCGGUUAUUUACUCUCGAGCACUUGGUGCCAGAACGCCUGGAACCCACAACCUCCAUUUAAUAGAGGAGGCCGAUCACAAUUUUACAAAUCGCCAAGACGAGGUUGUAGACUGCAUCCUGGAGUGGUGGGAUGCUCUUAACCAAGGACGUUUGAAAACAGGCAUAUUAUUGACAGGCGUACGUGGCAAACUGUGACUACGAGUGUCUGGCCCUUUCGACAACUAGUCAAAUAUACAUGAUUUUUCUUGGACACCAAGGAGUGGAAAUGUAUCCAGUGAGUCCACUGUUCCGAGCUGCUCACGCCAUUCUUCGGACCAGCUUGCGAAUUUCCGCUGUGCCGCAGAAUUUCUUCGCGCCAUAGGCUCUCAUGUUCAAUGGUCUCACCCGUUGGUUCAUCCGUAAUGAAGUAUUUAAUACCAUUUCCAUGGCACGGAAAAAAAAAACAUCGUCAGCUGUGUAGUUUCAUAUACAUAUACUUGCUCAGGA